UCAAGCGAAUAACUUCCAUUUCUUUCUUCGAGUUCAAAUGGUACCGACCUUAUUUGAUGACCGCCUUCAAAAAGCGCCAGAGGGAAAGAAACUAGUAUUAGUCACACCAAUUUCUCAGUGCUACUUCUUGCUUAAGGCUUUAGACUUGGAGCAAUACCAGAGCGACAAUGGCGGAAUCAUCUUCUUCUACGUCUUCAUGUAGUUCUUCGCGUUCUUCUCCAUUUCUGCAACGCGAGUUCGCGUCUCUACCAAUAAUGUCGCUUAGACAGAAAAUCGUCGAGAAAGUCCUCGAGAAUCGCGUCACUCUUAUUGUUGGCGAUACUGGCUGUGGAAAGAGCUCUCAAGUGCCACAGUUUCUUUUGGAAGAAAACAUGGAACCCAUUCUCUGCACACAACCUCGGAGAUUUGCUGUUGUUGCUGUUGCUAAAAUGGUAGCUAAAGCUCGUAACUGUGAACUAGGAGGAGAGGUUGGAUAUCAUAUAGGCCAUUUAAAGCACUUGUCAGAAAGGUCAAAGAUUGUCUUCAAAACAGCUGGUGUCUUAUCAGAUGAAAUGAGAGAGAAAGGGUUGAAUGCGCUCAAAUACAAAGUUAUCAUUCUUGAUGAAGUACAUGAAAGAUCUAUUGAAUCUGAUCUUGUUCUUGUCUGUGUCAAGCAGUUUCUGUUAAGGAACAAUGACCUGAGGGUAGUAUUGAUGUCUGCAACUGCUGAUUUUGGAAGAUAUCGAGAUUACUUUAAAGAUCUUGGUAGGGGUGAAAGAGUUGAAGUGCUUGCAAUCCCUAGCUCCAACCAGCAAGCACUUUUUCAGAGAAGAGUUUCAUAUCUUGAACAGAUGACUGAGUUUCUUGGAAUAAGUUCAGAGGUACUGGCUACUAAAUAUUGUUCAGGACCAAGCCCUGCUAUGGUAUCUGCUGAUAUUAAACCAGAAGUGCACAAACUUAUUCAUGAUUUGGUAAUGCACAUUCAUGACAAUGAACCAGACAUUGAAAAGGGCAUAUUGGUUUUCCUUCCUACGUACCAUGACCUGUUGCAACAGUGGUACCUUCUGAAGCCACUCGGUUCAUGUUUUAAAGUUCACAUUUUACAUGGAAGCAUCGACACUGAACAAGCUCUUUUGGCCAUGAAAAUCUGGAAAUCACAUCGUAAGGUGAUAUUGGCCACAAAUAUUGCAGAAUCUUCUGUUACAAUACCAAAGGUCGCAUACGUGAUUGAUUCAUGUCGUUCUUUGCAAGUAUUUUGGGACGGCACUAGAAAAAAGGAUUAUGCAGAGCUAGUAUGGGUGUCUAAAUCUCAGGCUGACCAGCGGAAAGGGAGAACUGGUAGAACUUGUGAUGGCCAGAUAUAUCGAUUGGUGACAAGAUCAUUUUUCAACAAGCUUCAGGAAUAUGAGUCUCCAGCUAUACUCAGGUUGUCAUUGCGGCAACAAGUCCUUAUGGUUUGCUGUGCUGAAUCAAAAGCCAUUAAUGAUCCCAGGGUUUUGUUACAGAAGACUCUGGACCCUCCUGAUCCUCGAGUUAUUGAAGAUGCAUUAAACUUGCUUGUUCACAUAAAAGCAUUGGAUAGAACCUCUGCAAGAGGCCGUUAUGAGCCAACAUUUUAUGGACGGUUGCUUGCAAGUUUCCCAUUGUCUUUCGAUGCUUCUUUUAUUGUACUCAAGUUUGGAGAUGUUGGAUUGUUGCGUGAAGGCAUUCUGAUUGGUAUAUUGAUGGAUAUACAACCUCAACCAAUUCUUCAUCCUUUUGGAGAAGAACAUUUGUUUGCAGAGUACGCUUAUCAUUACUACGGUGGUGAUUGUAACAACAUGGUACGAAUUGGUCGAAAGGAGAUGAUAUUAAUGGGAAACUUAUGUGCAUAUAAGUUUUGGCAACGUGUAUUCAAGGAUAGGCACCGUCUUGAACACCUAAAGCGACUUUCUACAUUUGAUGAAAUGAAAGCUGUAACUUCACUGCUGCCGAAGAUUGAAGAGGAAUGGUGCUCGUUCCAUAAUCUUGUCUGGUCAUCUCUACAUCAAGUGUCUGAGAUAUAUGAAGAUAUACUAAGUUCUCUGCACCGGUUUCGGCCCAGAUUUCUUGGUAAAUGUGAUGGCCUACCUACUUAUUACGAUCCUUAUGAAUUUGGGCAUGUCUGUCUUCUGAAAAGUCAGCAAAAUGAAGAUAUAGUUGUUGUUGCUGCGGAUGAUGAGCACCACGAGCCAUCUUCUGAAAUAAAAAAAUGUUGUGCUGUACCUUUUGUUGAUUCUGGUCACUUUCAGACCAUUAAUGUGGCUGAGAAGUUGUUAACUAUCGUGAAAGAGAUAAGAUCUCAAUUGACAGAUGAUGCAGCUGGCAAUGAUUCUAGCUAUGUUAAUGGCGAUCCAUCUGGAAAUGAUGCUGGCUAUGUUAAUGAGGACGUGUCUCAUGUCAAUGAGGAGGCUCCGUUAUGUGUAUAUUUUGUUAAUGGAUCCUGCAAUAAGGGCAGUCAAUGCUCAUUUUCUCAUUCACUUCAAGCGAAAAAACCUGCAUGCAGAUACUUUUUUACUUUACAGGGCUGUAGAAAUGGAGAAUCAUGUUCCUUUUCCCAUGAUAUUGGUUCAUCGGUAUCAUCAUGUAGCCCAGCUCCCUGUCCCCCAGAAGAUGAUGAUGUAAAUGCUGUAUCCCUUCUACAAUUGUUUCCAACAUCUUCGGAUGGAUGCAUUCUCUUAUUAGAAGACAGUGACUUACAUUUUUCCUUGAAUUUUGCUUGCUUCUAUGAUCCGUCUAAAAUAAUAUCCACAACCUGCAUGUCUGAGACCUCCUUAAAUGAUCCAUCGUUAAACGGUGUCCGAAUCCUGUGGGAGUUCCGUGACCCAUGCCGGACAAUAAUUUCCAAAGCAGGGAGGAAUCUGAUUCCGUGGAGUGAAGUUAAGUGCAUACUAUGGUUCCCUAGUUUUGCUAGCCAGAGUGAAAAUUUGGAGGGACAGAAAAUUCUUGUGCAGAAUUUCUUUGACUAUUUGGCCAGCAGAAUUAUAGCUGAUUCCUUGUAUGAGCUGCGAAUUAUCAUCACCAUGAACAAUGUUAGAUUUGCGCAAUUACAGGUGGAAAAGUUGGGCAGAGAAAGCUUUUUUUUCCUGGGAGAAUCCUUUCCAUUUGAUGAAGCAAGCUUUGGGGAGUUGGCAGAUGGAGUCAGGACUAGAAAGCCAAUGCCGGCAUCAAAGGCUAUAUCAUAUGUUUUUGACUUGCAGCCACCUACUGAUAUUCAGUUUGAUGACUAUGCAGCCACACUUCACAAAUGUCUGCAUGAUGUCAACGGAUGAAGGGAGAGGAUUUCCUGCUGCUUUAUUCAUAAUUUCACCUCUUAUAUAUUUUCUUAAUCUAAGAUUGUAACUAUCAGAAACUGCUGCAUAGUGCUGCAGUAGCAUUAUGACUUGAAGAUAUACAUGAAAGCAUUCUGAAAUCAGAGAUGCUAUAAGUAGGGGUGAAUCAUGUUUUGAACUUGGUCGGUCCAUAGCAGGACAAAAAUGGAAAAAGGAAAAUUUGACUGGAAA